UUUGCCAUCCAGAUCUGCAAGGUUCCGGACGAUUCGGAAGGUUGGAUCCGAGACGGAAAAGAACUCUCCUCUGUUGAAAUCCAUAAUCUGAGUGCUGCUCCCUUGCGUGUGCGGGUGUGCAAGGAAAAGUUGUGUAGUUCCAAAAUCGGGUUCAAGGGAGCAGUGAUUUUUUUUUCACCAUCGGUACGAUUCCCGUGUAGAUUUUCCUGUUGGGAUUUGCUUGUAGUGCUCGGCUCUAGGAGGAAUGCUUCGAAUCUAGUUCGAUUUGACAUUGUUUAGCCUUAUGUGAGCAGUGAAAAGUGGAAAAUAAACCGAGAGGAUAUUUCGAACGGCAGCGGUGUAGAGAGCAGUGGCAGUUCCAACGGAAGCCAGGAACCACAACGUGCGUGUGUGGUGUGCGCGCUCGUGAGCGUGUGUGUGUGUAGAGUGGUUGAGUGUGUGUCAGUCAGGACUACACAGAGCAGAGCACACGUCUCACGCGCCCCAUUGUGGUGACCAUCCGGUACGCGUGACUGGCAGUGGGAAGUGUACUUGUGCACGUUUGUGUGUCCGUUGGUGGGUUAGUAUGCGGUUGAGUACAUACUAGUGUUUUUCUUAUCGUACCGGGACCGAUAAACCGAGUCAACAAUAAUAGUAAGAAUAAUAGACUGUGCAGUGAGAUUCGGAAACGUUUUGCACACGGGGAAGAAUAAGCAAACAAGAAACAUCCGAAAGCACGGAGCAACACGACGACGACGACGGGUGGUGGCAAUCAUUAAAUCAAGAAAGACGGAUUCUGUAAAACAAUCGCACCUCAGUUAGACUGGCUCGGAACGGUGAAGCACGGGGGGCAGAGUCUCCCGAUACGUCACCGGAAGGCGGAGCCACCUGCUGGUGGGCCCCCUGGUCAGCGAUGGGUUGCUUCGGAUCGGCCGGAUCGAAACAGUCGGACUCGAACAGUUCCGAGGACACAAAAAGCCAGAAACGACGGAGCGAUGCCAUCACGCGACAACUGCAGAAAGAUAAACAGGUUUACAGAGCCACCCAUAGACUGUUACUGUUGGGCGCCGGUGAAUCCGGCAAGUCAACAAUCGUAAAACAAAUGAGAAUAUUGCAUGUUAAUGGAUUUUCCGACACAGAAAGGAAACAGAAAAUAGAGGAUAUCAAAAAGAAUAUCAGAGAUGCCAUAUUGACAAUUACCGGUGCAAUGAGCACACUAACACCUCCUAUUCCAUUAGAAAAGCCAGAUAACCAGGCGAGAGUAGACUACAUUCAGGAUUACGCAUCAGGUCCCGACUUCAAUUAUCCACCGGAGUUCUACGAGAAUACAGAAGAAUUGUGGAAAGAUCGUGGUGUGCAGCAGACCUACGAGCGAUCGAAUGAAUACCAAUUAAUUGAUUGUGCUAAAUACUUUCUGGAUCGUGUUAGUGAAAUCAAGCAGCCUAAUUAUACUCCAACCGAGCAGGAUAUACUGAGAUGUCGUGUCUUAACGUCGGGUAUAUUCGAAACUAGGUUUCAAGUUGAUAAGGUUAAUUUUCACAUGUUCGACGUCGGUGGUCAGCGGGACGAACGGCGUAAGUGGAUCCAGUGUUUUAACGAUGUCACUGCAAUCAUUUUCGUGACAGCGUGCUCUAGUUAUAAUAUGGUCCUGCGGGAGGAUCCCACGCAAAAUCGGCUGAGAGAAUCGCUGGAACUGUUCAAAAGUAUUUGGAACAAUAGAUGGUUACGAACAAUAUCGGUCAUAUUGUUUCUGAACAAACAAGACUUGCUGGCGGAGAAAAUCAAAGCUGGCAAAAGUAAACUUUCCGACUACUUUAGUGAGUUCAAUCGUUACCAGACGCCGGCCGAUGCCGUUUGUGAGAUGGGUGAAGAACCAGAAGUGAUUAGGGCAAAAUAUUUCAUAAGAGAUGAAUUUUUGCGUAUAUCGACAGCCAGUGGCGAUGGUAAGCAUUAUUGCUAUCCACACUUUACCUGUGCGGUAGACACCGAAAACAUCAAGAGAGUUUUCAACGAUUGUCGAGACAUCAUUCAGCGGAUGCAUCUGCGGCAAUACGAGCUGUUAUAGAUAUACUUAACGAUUUCGAUGCAACCUGGUCGUCUCAUUUUAGUUGUGUCUACCCUAAAAAUAUCAAAUCUAGCCAAACUUUACUAAUUUUAUAAUAAAAACAAAUAUUGAUUAUUUAUUAAUCAAAACAAAAAAACGGAAACCUAUACAGACUAAACAAAUAAAACAAACAAAAAAAUAACAGCAAAGUAAACAAAAAAAAACAUAAGAAGAAUACGCGGUCAACCAACCAACCGUUAGUGAUUUGCAUUACAAAUCACGCAUACACACACACUCGUUCAAACAAUCGCAUCAAGGAUCGAUAUAAAAUCGCACCGAAACGUUGUCAUCGUACCCUCACGUCGCGUGUUUCAUUAACCAGUGGAAUAAAAAAUCGAUGUUGGUUGACUGAAAGCGACGGAGGAGCUGGCCGGGUACUCGGCUGCUGAUACUGAAUUAAUAAGCUGUAGUCAAAAGUCAAAUCACAACCUAUAUGCACACAAGAAGUAACGUUAAUAUAUCGUCAACCACAUAGAGUUGCGCAGAGAUACGAGGGGAUCUUUACCAAUCGAGGAAAAAAGAGAAGAAGAAAAAAAAAAUCGUUCGUGGAAGAAGCAUCACGAACAUAAGAGGGAGUGGAAAUUGAUGAUAACCGAAACAACAUAACACAGUAGUAGUCGUCGUCGUUACUAUUAAAGUACUAAAAGCAAAGCAAAUAUGCUAACAACCAACGUGGGAAAGGGAAGAAAGCUAAACUUUGAUAGAAAGGGGAAGAACAUGAUAGGUGUGUUUAUACAGAGAAGAGUGUAUGAAAGAGAUAGCAAUGAUUCACCGCCAUAAAAAACAAAAAAAACAAACAAACAAACAAACAAAAAACAAUUGAAGCAGAAAAUCACGCAAACAAAAACAAAACAAACAAAGCUUAUAACCCUUUCAAAGUAAUGAAGAUACAAGAAACAUGUGUGUCGUGUAAGCAUAACUAGUGAAACAAACAAAGAAAGGAAGUCAUGUCGCUGUCAUGCUAGUGGGAAAUCAAGAAACUAAGUCUUAGAAGUCUGUGAGCUGUUUUCUAUUUUUUGAUUAAUUUUAGUUUUUGAUGGAAGGGUAGUGAAUAUAAAAGUAAAACUUAACAACCGACACACAAACACGUGCAACCUGUACACGCAUACAUUACAUACAUACAUAUACAUAUAUACAUACACAUUGUACGUGAAUGCAGCUAGAUUAAAGUCACAUCGUAAAAUAGAGCAGAAAGAGAGAGGUAAGUCAACAAAAGAAAAAAAAAAUGGAUUUAAUGUUAUUAGAGCAGUGUUUUUUUGUUUAGGAGAAAGUUGCUUCUAAAUUCGUCCAAAAUCAUUAUGCGCUAUUGUUGUAGAACUAUUUUCCAGUAUUUUUAAUUAUCGUAAACUGUAUACACAUUUUAUUGAAUAACGAUAUAUUAUAUAUAUUUUUGUUUUAGAAAAUUUUAUCUUCCUUGUUGAAUCCGCUUUAAAGAGAAAGAAAGAGAAAAAAUAUGAGAGAAAUGUUUUAUUUUUUAUUUACGUAUUUAAUAAUUUAUGAUGUAGAUGUUUUAUGUUCAUUCUGUGACAUACGAUAGUGAAGGAAAUACAAAUUAAUGAAAAGGCAGAAAUAUAUGAAAAUCGUAGUUGAAAUAGUAGGGUAAAUUUUCAAAUUAGCAGCUUCUUAACGAAAGAGAGAAAAAAAUAUGCAAAAACAAUCAACAACACUUUGUUUGUCCACAGUCUGUGCUGUGGGCGGCAACAACAAGUAGAGAGCAUUGAAUAUAUAGGAUGUUUCUGGCAGAAUGUUUUGUAGCCUAGAGAACUUUUCAAAAGUACACGGAUCUGAAUCUCGGAACCGGCAGAUUAGACAAAUACACACGGCAAUGUAUGUGCGCAACCGAAUGAGGUUCAAAUACCUACUAGAGAAGAACAAAAAUCACAACAGUGUGUGCUGCAAUUUCGGCGCAAAUCGCAUUUCAUUUUCUAUUAAUACGUAGCAACAUACUUUAUAAAGCGAAAUCAUUUUACUGGUUUAAAUCUGCGAUAGUGACAAUAGGAAACACCUACUUGAUGCGUAGCCCUGGCGAUUCGAUUGUUAGCCGUGACUUAUAUGUCAUUGCGAUUCAUUGGAUUUUUCCUUCAUCAAAUUAAAACAUUUUAUCCUAAUGGCUACCGUUGUCCUAUUGCUUCGCUCGAAACGAGUAGUAAACAUGCAUCACAUGCGACAUGAAAUUUAGCGCUUAAUAUUUCCUAACGAAACCAGAUUAAACGCAAAUCGUAAAUCGCUGAAACUGUGUCAUAUAUAUCAUUGAUAAUUUAUGCUUAGAAGAAAACGUAAAAACCUUGUUGCAAUAUUUUAUUUUAACCUUUUGUGUUAUACUAGUUUUAGUUGGCAAAUUAUCACCAAUGAAAGUCUCGCAUCCCAAAAGAAAAUCUCUUCUUGCUUCGAGAGAGUGAGCCACACACCGCAAAUGUUACAACCAUUACACACCCACAAACGAAACGACGUAAAUCGUAAACACCCACACACGCAGCUACCACACAAUAGAUUAGAGCAAUAGAUUAGAGAGAAAAAUUUCCCGAUAUAAAAGAAUGACGAAGAAAACAUAAGACGUAUAAGAUGUUUUAGGCAAUCGAGAAUACUAAUUUGUUAUUUAUUUUAGUCCACCAUCGCCAAACGCUAUAGCAGAUAUCGAAAUGAACCACCACCCUUUUCUCCAUCUCUCUCUCUAGAAAACACCCCUCCCAAAAGUCCAGAUAGAUUUUAUUGUUAACUAUCGUGCGUCUAUUUUUUUUUUUGCCGGAGCCGGCAGUGAAUUGUGAGGAAGGUGUCUAAAGAGAAAGAAGCAAGUCAACACACACACACACAUACACAUACACAUACAAUACACAAUAGAUGGAAAACAACAAACACAAGUGGUUACAAGAGAAAAAGAGAGGUAGAGGUAAACGUGUAUAACUCUUUUAUAUAGUUGUAUAGAUUAUAUAUGAGGGAAAAAAUUGAAAAAGGAUACAAAAAAUAAGAGGACAAAAUAGUCAUACCUGUAGAGAAUGAGAGAUACAAAGUCGCACAAACAGAAAAGAAAAUUCUAUCCAAUGAUGUGGAAAUAAAGCAAGCAGAAAUGUGAAAAACUUU